UCCCCUUACUCCUCACCUGGACUUGGAGCGUCUUGGUCCCUGGAGCCAGUAGUGAACACAGCAGCCUGCCCAACCACGGACACCAGGUCCGUUGAUCUCAGCAAGUGAUAGCUCUGGGAUGUAAGUGAGCUGGUUGGGAGCCAGAGGUAGACCGCCCGGUGCGCCAGCCCCACCAUGUCCCAGGUGAUGUCCAGCCCCCUGCUGAUGGGAGGCCAUGCAGUCGGCUUGGCUCACUGUGAAGAACCCAGGAGGGCCCUGCACCCAGCGCCCGGCUCCAGCCUGCCGCUCCAGUGUCCUUAUUACACCACAGAAGGCUGGGGAGCUCAGGCCCUGAUGGCCCCCGUGCCCUGCAAGGCGCCCCCCAGCAGGCUCCAGAAGACCCCACAGGCAGAGGCCAAAGCCCACAGCUUCCAGCAGAGCCCGGGUGAGCAGGCCAUGGGGACCCCACAGGACCUUGACUCCUACAUUGACUUCUCACUGGAAAGCCUCAACCAGAUGAUCCUGGAACUGGACCCCACCUUUCAGCUGCUUCCUUCAGGGGCUGGUGGCCCCCAGGCUGAGCCUUCCCAAAGCACCACCUUGAGGAGCAAGAAAGAGGAAACUGAAGCCCUGGAUAUAAAGUACAUCGAAGUGACCUCCACCCGAUCGCGGUGCCACGAUGGCUGUCAGCGCUGCUCCAGCCCAUCUGUCACGCCACCUUUCGGCUCUCCACGCAGUGGUGGCCCCCUCCUUUCCAGAGAUAUCCCCCGAGAGACUCGAAGCAGCAGCGAGAGUCUCAUCUUCUCUGGGAACCAAGGCCGGAGUGCCUCCCCUCACCCCUCCACCUCGCCCAGCGUCUCCAUCCCUUGCGUGGGGAGCAGAGCUUCAGGCCCUCAUGGCCUGGGCUCCCCACUGAGGGCCCUGGCUUCACAGCGGGGCAGCAGGGUCUCUGUGCUGUCAGCCAGUCCAGCGUCUGAUGUCAGCUAUGUGUUCGGGAGCAGCCAGUCCCUCCUCCAGUCUAGCAUCUCCAGCCCUCAAUCAUCUUCUAGAUCCUUGGAAAGUCCAGCCAGCUCUUCCUCCAGCCUCCACAGCCUUGGUCCAGCGUCCCUCUUUAUGAGACCCAGUGAUGUCCAGGCCCCCAGCAACCCUGCUCUGAACAUGGGCCAGCCCAGAGCCAACCACUCUCCUCCACUGGCCAAGGAGCAUGCCAGCAGCUGCCCCCCAUCUGUCACCAAUUCCAUGGUGGACAUACCCAUUGUGCUGAUCAAUGGCUGCCCACAAGCACAGUCUCCCCCACCCCAGUGGACACCAGGACAGCAAGGGUUUGUCCAGCCUGGAACUGCUUCUUCCAGCCAUCCCCGUCAAGCCACCAAGAGCCACAGCCAGACCCUGCCAGAUGCCUCCUUCACCACGUCCCCAGAGGGUCCUUCCAGGGACAUGCAGCCCACCAUGAAGUUCGUGAUGGACACAUCUAAAUACUGGUUUAAACCAAGCAUCACCCGAGAGCAAGCAAUCGAGCUGCUGAGGAAGGAGGAGCCAGGGGCUUUUGUCAUCAGGGACAGUUCCUCAUACCGAGGCUCCUUCGGCCUCGCCUUGAAGGUGCAAGAGGCUCCGACAUCUGCCCACAACCGACCAGGUGAGGACAGCAAUGAUCUGAUCCGUCACUUCCUCAUCGAGUCUUCUGCCAAAGGGGUUCAUCUCAAAGGAGCAGAUGAGGAGCCCUACUUUGGGAGCCUCUCUGCCUUCGUGUGCCAGCAUUCCAUCAUGGCCCUGGCCCUGCCCUGCAAACUCGCCAUCCCACAGAAAGAACUGGGAGGCGCAGAUGGGGUGGCCUCGGACUCCUCUACAGACAGCCCGGCCUCCUGCCUGAAGAAAUCUGCGGGCUGCCACACUUUGUACCUGAGCUCCGUGAGCGUGGAGACCCUGACGGGAGCCUUAGCCGUGCAGAAGGCCAUCUCAACUAUCUUGGAGAGAGAGGUCCUCCCCACACCCACUGUGGUCCACUUCAAAGUCACUGAGCAGGGCAUCACCCUGACUGACAUCCAGAGGAAGGUGUUUUUCCGGCGCCAUUACCCACUCAUCACCCUCCGUUUCUGCAGCAUGGACCCAGAGCAACGGAAGUGGCAGAAGUACUGCAAGUCCUCCAGGAUCUUUGGAUUUGUGGCCAAGAGCCAGACGGAACCACAGGAGAACGUGUGCCACCUCUUUGCAGAGUACGACACCGUCCAGCCAGCCUCACAGGUCAUCGACCUGGUGACUGCUCUGCUGCAGGACACAGAAAGGAUGUAGGAGGAGGGAGCUGCCUGUGUACCUUCCCAGACAUCCUGAGGGGCUUGUCCAAGAGCCAUCUCCGCCCCUGAACAGUGGGGUGUGGCUACACUAAUAGAACAGUCUAUUGGACUGGAGAACAGUUAUCCAGCUAGAACCCUGAACCUGCUCUGACCUUCAGCAGUAACCCCCCGAGCCUGUUUCCUCAACUGAAAAAGGAGUCUGGUACACAAGACCAGCUGCUCUUCUGAGACAUUAGUGGGCAUCUUCAGCAUGCUCCUCCAUGACUCUGAGGCACACCCACGUCUGACAAUCACUACUGAAAAUCACCUCCAAGAACCUUCUGAUUCUAUCAGCUAGAAGAGAAUCAGAAUAAUAGUCAGAGCUAGAGAUCUGUGGCCCCUGUCUCAUGGCAAACAGCAGGUUCUGAGUCGUGACCCAUGGGGAUCCCAGUCUGAGGCUGGUGACGGUUUAUGAGGAUUGAGGACAGACUGUCUUCUUUCCCUCCCUUUCCUGAUGGCCUGUUGGAUCCGCCUGCCCAGGGGUCAGCAAGUUGACCAGGCUGUGGUGGUUGUGGCAGCUCUGGUAUAGAGGAGUGGGGCUUUCCCUUAUGAUCAGAGGAGAUGCAGUUGUUCAUUCUGUCUAAUCUCCUCUUCCCAUUGCAAAUGAGCAUUAACCCCACUUGGUAAUCAAAUGGCCCAAAGCUCAGCUUCCCUAGUGUUGCUUAUACAACCUACAUCUGGCAGAUGUGGGUAGAGAAACCCCUUUCUAGAGCAAAUGUAAGAGCAGCUCUCUGUGGUUCUGCCUCAGCUCCAGUCUUGCUGAGUCCUCCCUACACACACACACACACACACACACACACACUCACACACACACACACUACAGCUGUGUGGCAUCAACUGGCCUCAUAGCCACAAGGGGGCAGCAGAGAGUCAAGAAUGCAAAGAGGCGGCUUCCUCGAAGCUAGAAGAAGCUGGGCCCUUUCCUGCUCAUCUUUGCCCAGAACUAAACCAACCCAGAAGCUGGAGCCUUUUCUUUUACAGACCCAGGUUCCUAAGGAAACCACACCACGGCUGGAAAGGAAGGCUCAGGGAAGAAGCCCGCUCUGGCUCUGCAGAGCAAGCACCUACCACCUCUCGAACCAGCUCUGCCAGAGCAUCAUUAUCUUUGGCCAAGAUUGGGCCUGACAGGUUAUGAUUUCAACCCAGGAAACCAGACCAGACAGGAGCAGCCCUGGGCUGCGGGACAGGCUGAGCCCAGCCCACCCAGGCGGUGGUCAGUUGCUGCGCCACCCUUGGAAUCUGCCAAGGUCCUCAAGGUCACAGUGCUCAGUCCUAUGGCAGGGGGAAGAGGGUUGCUGGCUGUAAGCUCAUGGGUGCCCGUAUGGCUCCCAUCAUAAAAAUAAAGUGUCUGUCUUUGCAUAA